UAACAGAUUUCGAACUUGCGAGCUUGGAGUUUCUCGAAUUCGAAGCUCUGACCAAAUUAGCUAAAGUAGGUCACUUUGUGGUAGCUGUCUUCUACACAAGACCAGAGGAGAGCAGCAACGCCAAACAGAGGAAUACCCUUCUCCGCCAUGACAGAAGAUUACGAGGUUGAUGAGAAGAAGCAAGCUGCUGCUGAUGUGUUGUUUAGUUAUUCCAAGUUUGCAAUGGCCUGCAUCGGUAACCAGACUCGUCCUACUGACAUGAGGUUGCAUUUGAUGAAGGAGAUCUCUGGAUUGCCAACUUCUCUGAAAAGAAGAGAAUCUUCUAGAGCUGCAACUUCUCCUGAUCCAGUUGGCGAAUCAUCAAGCUCUGGUACUGCCAGGCUAGAUAAAACGGAUAGUUUCAGGGCACUUUGAUUCUAGUUUUUUCUUGACUUGUCAGGGUCUCAUAAGAUAGAAUGCUAGUGGAUUACUGGCUAAGUGUCUGUCGCCGAGGAACCUACUUAUCAAGUUUUUACUUUUGAUUUUUCCCAUGAUAGUCUUAAAUGUUAAUGUGUGGUUCUGAAAAAUAAAUGCUAUGCUGCUACUGCGAAAUGAUAUUCUGCUUGUAUAAUCUCUUCCGACAUACCUCGAUGUUUCCCAUUUCUUGAAUAGAGUAACAUGGUUUCUUGAGUCA